AUGCCUGAACCAGCUUCGCCAAACCCAACUGCCAGCCAGUCUGAAAGACAUGGUCCGGGCAAGGCUCGAAGGGUGCAGAACAAUCCAAAACUAACAGAAGACAAUCACGAUGCCAUAAUUGGAGACCAGUCCCCUUUGACCACUAGCCAACAAGUAAAUCUUUGGCAGGCGAAUAUUGAGGGUCCAGAUGACCAUAAGGACACAGCUGAAGACGACGCCGCGAAGGACGAUAGCUUAUGCGGGGGCUCGAAAUUGACUCCAUUACACAAGCUACUACAGAAUACCGAGAAUGACGAUGAUGCCAUACAUGAGCUUAGAAAUAGGCUGGACGAAUGGAAGGACAUUAUUGAUUGUUCUCCAGAAGACGAGGAAACAGCACUCCACAUGGCAGCUCGGGAAGGUCUCUUGAAGACAGCAAGUCAACUUCUCAAAGCUGGAGCCGGAGCCAAUACCCGCAAUGGUAAGAAAGAAUCACCAUUGCAUUUGGCCUGCCUUUACGGGCACCAGCAACUGGUGAAGAAAUUGCUGAAGGAAGGCGCCGACCCUGAGCUUGAGGACGAGGACGGACUCUGUCCACUUCACUCAGCUGUUGCACAAGACUUUGAAGCCGAAGUGAUCAAGGAACUUCUUGGCCCAAAAGGCCGUAUCAUUAACAAAGCUGUCGGUAGCGCACAGUGGACUGCACUCAACAAGGCUAUAUAUUACGAGCGCGAGGGUGUGGUUGAUGUACUGUUACAGGGCGGAGCACGCCUUGACAUCAAGGAUGCAGACGGAUGGACACCCUUGAUGACAGCGGUCAAAGAACGUCAAUUCAACGCCUUUGAAAAGUUACUGAAGCAUUUGGACGAAAACCAGAUCAGCCUGGAAGUUGUUAAUGCGCCAGACAAUGGUGGCAUGACACCUCUGAUGCAAUUGAUAUCUUGGGAACCUGAACAGGACGUCACGGACGCCAUCGAACAUCUUCUUGAGUUUAAACCGGAUGUAGAUGUCACUGAUCGACAUGCAAGGACUGCUUUACACUAUGCUAUGGACUACCCUGGGUACUGGGAAGGGAUAUUGUCCUCCACAUCUCUGGUCCGUCGACUGGCUCGUUCGUUGACCGCCGACAAACUUCUGCAAAUCGAUAAGUAUGGAGAGACUGCAUUUGACGUUGCCUUUGACGAGGAAGGGAAGUGCCCCAGGCCUGCGUUCGAGCUCUUGUUAAAAGAUUUGGUCGAUCGUGUAGCUCAAAGCGAUAAGAUCGAGGAACCUCUUUGCUGGGCCACAUAUCGAUUGGAACGACAUACAAUUGCUCAGCAGAUUUUCCAGAAGAGAUAUACUACAAAGGAGACGUCUCCGAAUCACCUGCGGGAAAAGCAUUGGGGAAUAAUCGAGUGGGCGAUCCAUGCACGCUUGCCACGAGUACUCCAGACCUACCUCCGAGCAUUAGGUAUGGAAAGGAGGACCAUAGGGGAGGACGAGAUCCAUAAGAGCAUCGAAAAUGGGCGAGAACUGAUUCGAGAAAUGAAAAAAGAAGUUCAACAACCCUUUACACCCGCGGUAGAAGGCAAAAGAAAAAAAGAAGAGCGUGGGCCGCCGAACGGAAGCGACGGUCAGGCGCUGAGAGACUUGGAGGACAUUUUGGACUACCUAUACCCAGAGAAGGGUGAAAAACUCACUAACUCCCUGGAAAUAUCGAGGCCUGAUAAAAAGAUGCAGGAGACUUUGAAAGAUUUCAGUGCAGCUAUCAUACAGAGCAACUUUGUCAAAUUUCGUACGAUACAGGAAGUCCUGUAUGAUGUCAACUCGAUGGAACAUAUUCAGGACAAUGUCCAAAGGCUAAAACGUUUUGACUUUCACCCCAAGGACUCAUCUGAACAAGCAUCGGAAACGGUCGAAGCAGAUUCCGAGACCGAAGCCCAGUUCACCUGGAUACACUUGCCGUCUAACAACAUAGAUUACUUGGAUGGAGUUAAGAAGAUACUGAAACAAGAACAUUUCAGUAAGAGGGAAGCUGACAAGGUUGCUUCAUUCUUGCGCCGUAGUUGGAUUGAGAUUCCGGACAGGAAAUCCACUUCACGGUUUAUGAGGCCCAGGUAUGUUUCCAACAAGGCAGAUCUUGCGACUAAAGGCCAUGAAGAUGCUGGCGAUGUGUUGAAAGACACUGGUGAGCGGGGAUCCAGCCAAACAGGGCUCCACUCGCGGUACAAUGAGCACCGAGCGAGUGAUGGUAGCAGCGAAAAAGACCCAGAGGGAGAGCAAUGCAAUCCGUCUGGGGACAAUUCUGUUAGAUCAAGGCAAGAAGAAGAAGGCGGACAGACAAACGAUUCCGGGAACAUAGAAAACCCAGUCGAGAUGCCCUAUCUUUAUUUUUCGACCUAUCAUCAAAGCGAGAGCCACGAGCAAGUAGAACCUGCCGCACUGCCCUCAGAGCCUGAGAGAAGGGUUUUAGCCGAAAUAAAUAUGCGCCAAAAGCUCUUCGAAGCGUACAAGAACCGGGUGAUUCACCGGCCUACAACUCUCGACGAGUUUUACUAUCAAUUUUCAUCGGAUAAAGACUCCAUCGAAGACAGGAACUUGAGAAAUAGGGACCAGGUUGUUACAAAGUAUUUGCGAUGCGGAGACAGCGAGGAGCAACGACACUGGCCCUUGCUGCGAGUCAGCCAGCUCUGGGUCUGGACUAUCGACGAAAAGUGGUUGAUUACUUCGACAUCGUGUGCAACAAACGAUAUUCGGGACAAUCUUGUGACAGAUAUUCUGGAACAUCUGCGGAGACAAGUCGAAAAUGGAAGCCGUAGAAUCGGACCGACUUCAGCCUCUGAAAUGAGCAGGGUAAUUGUUGACUAUUGCAUCGGUACUUACGAUAGGAAGCGGAGGAGUCAAAUUGUAAAUCUUGAUAGGGACCAACCUCUACGAGCAGGCGGCACAACCACUGGGAAUCAAUAUCGAGCAAACACAAUUGGAGUGAAUCCAAAUACCGCCGCGGACGAGAAACGGAUAGAAGAGCGAUCGAUCCAUCAAAUAUUCUCAGACUCCAUCAAUGAGAUCGGUAGAAAGGAGUCGAGCCUGUUCGGUCUGUCUUACGGUCGGCAUGAUCGCUCAAGAGAGCCAGAAACUGGUCCUGGUGCUGGUGAUACUUCCAAGAUGAUGGAAGAUCUCAAGAAUGCGCUCAAAACAGUGUCAGAGCAGCUGCGGCACAUCAAAGAUAUACGCGACGAGCUCAAUAUUCUAAUGUCAAUUGCGAAAUUCCAACGCAAAGUGCAAUCAACCAUGACUAAAAGUCAGCCAGUCGAAGAUCUCUCAAGCGACUAUCUCUUGAGAGACAUCAAGGAAUUGGACAGAUUCGCUGAUCAGACUCAGGAAGCUGUCAAGACUACACUCUCGCUUCAGGAGAGUGAGAUCGCCAAUUUGCAGGCAAGUGAGUCUGUGAAACAAGGGAAGGUAGUACUGAUAUUCACUCUUAUCACUGUCUGGUUUCUCCCUCUAUCGUUUCUUACCUCUCUGUUUGCGUUAGAUGUAGAAUCGUUUAUGAAGGCUCCUGCGUGGGCUCUCUAUAUUAUUUUUCUGGUUCCUUUCAUAUUUCUUGGAUCAGCGGUAGCCUACGUCUGGAAGACAAAGAUCAGAGGAAUUUUAGGAGGGGUCGGUGCACCAGCAGAUGUUCCGAGCAACGUGGAUGAUCAGGGAACAUCCACUGCUCGGCCCAUACCCAGCAAGAUAUCUUACAGGAAACAUAAGAAUAGAGACGAGGAAUCUGGAGUCAGUCCAAGUGAAUGA